AUGUCGUACGCCUCGUCUAGGGCGGAUCGCGUGGGCGGAGAAGCGUCGUCAACAUCAGCAAGGCAGGGCGCGACAACCCCUACAAAUGCGCUACCCACGAGGCCAAUAGAGGGCCAACUGCCUGUAUGGAUACCAAAAGCAGCUACAAUCGGGUGUAUGGGCCUGGCCUACUGGCUUUCCACACGCAAUGAAGGCCUGCGAGGGGUGCAUGCGUUGGUGUUUCCCUUCUUCGGCAGCGACGCCAGAAACCGCUUGCAGGGGUCGUAUCUUGUCUCCAACUUGAUAUCGCCUGUGCUGAUAUGGACGGUCGAAGGCCACCGUGGAGGCAGCUCGAUGGCUACACUGGCAUUGCAAUCGCUCGCUGGAGCAGCCGUACAAAUUAGCGGCAUCGAAAGAAUCGCACCAAUAUACUAUCUCUUCAGCAUGACCACAGGCCAUUAUCUUUCGUCCCCAGAAGGUCAAGCCGUCCCUCCAGAAGUGGCAAAGGCCAUCCUACCGGCCACCAUACUUGGCUACGUUGUUCCGACGGCCCUGAUUAGCCUGGUACCAUUGACAGCGACUGGAGUGUCAAUGUCUAUCUUCAAUAUUCAAAGUGCUGUAACCUACGCAUUUUUCUUAGCUCCAGUUUCUGUGCCGUUCUUGACGACGCUGAUAUCGAGUAUGAUACGGCACUACCACCCCAAACUUGAUCCGGGCUUAAGAUCGAACAAGCCAACAUCCGAAAUGAGAAGGACAUCUGGGAAUCAGGACAGCAACAAACGGCUGUCCUCGUUGAGAACGGCCUAUGCGGUGUCAUUUGUCAUUCAAGCCGCGCAACACAUGUACACCGUCACAUGCAAUUUCAUAAAAACGCCGAAAAGCCAACAACGGCUUACAGCUGUUUUGAGCGGCUUGUUCACGUAUCCCAUUGUCCCUGGACAAAAGUAUUCCACUCUUGCACUCUAUGCUGGCGCAACGCUGGGCUUCGGGUUAUACACAGUAUGGGAUCUUCGAAGACGCGGUAUGAUAACGAACACAGACACAAAGAAAGCGGCCGUUGGGGCCAUUACCGGGCAAGCCUUGUUUGGACCUGGGGCUACAUAUGCUGGUCUGUGGUGGUGGCGGGAGGGUGUGCUGGCUAGAGUUGCAACAUCGAGCGGGAACUCCACUUAA